CCGUAAUAAGAUGUAGCAAGACACCACAAACCCAAAAAACAAUACAAUUGAGUAAUCCAAAUUAUUUGAAAAUAAUUCUACUUCCGGUCUGAAUCGGAUGUUGCCAUCGCUGACUCCAGAUCUGCAAUAGUCUACGGCGGCGAGCUUCGUUUCCAAGCCGGACGAAAGCAAAACAAUACAGUCGCCGUAUUUAUGGUGACACAUUUGUACAUUCUGCGUCAACAUGUCACAUUAUAAGGCUCCAGACCAUAAGAGAGAGCAGUUUCGGCGAUAUUUGGAAAAAGCUGGUGUUGUUGACAGUCUAACCAGUGUUUUAGUAGCGCUGUACGAACAACCAGAGAAGCCUACCAACGCUCUGGAAUUUGUCAAGCAGCACCUUGGCACGCCCGGCCUAACGGAGGCUGACACGGAGGCUCUGCAGCAGGAAGUGGUGGACCUGAGGCAGAGGUGUGCCCGUCUGGAGGAGGAGAACCUUGACCUCAAAGCCAGACUGCAGCGCCAUGAGCCACCUGAAGACGGCACUGUUGCGGAAUAGACUUCAGAUGGGGGGGUGGAGUUGCUUUACGUUUUUUUUUAAGUUUGCUGGCGUAAUUAAAAAAAGUGCCUUUUUUUGUCACUACACACAUUAUGACACCUUAAUAUUUAAUGACACACAAAUCACUUCCAGAGUAAAACCAAUAUGAUCAGGUUGUAAUGUUACCUAUGUAUAUAAAUCUUGACAGCGUAAAGUGAUUGUAACUCAUUGCAACGAAGCAGAACACCAAAAUGGAAGUCAUUUGCAUGUAGAACCGCAGUACCUGUACUGUAUUCACUAAGGGCUGUAUAUUUUUGUUGUGGUUGACUUAAAUAGACACAAAAGUAGAUCUUACAUUUUGUCACCUUUCUGUGAGUUUAUGAAAUUAUUAAAACAUGUUUUGCACAUGCUA